AUGGCACCUCGAAGCUGUGCGUUAUGUCACAAAGCGAAAGCAAUGGUCAAAAGGCCUAAGACUGGCCAGCAAAUCUGCCGGGAUUGCUUCUUCUAUGUGUUUGAAACCGAGGUUCAUAAUACGAUUACCGAGUCUAAGCUUUUCAAUCCUGGGGAUAGGGUUGCGAUAGGUGCAUCCGGAGGCAAAGAUUCCACCGUUUUGGCGUAUGUUAUGAAGACGCUUAAUGAGCGUUAUCAGUAUGGAUUAGAGCUCUUCUUGUUGUCUAUUGAUGAAGGUAUUACCGGGUAUCGAGAUGAUUCUCUCGAGACUGUUAAACGGAAUCAGCAGCAAUAUGACAUGCCGCUCAAGAUUUUAUCCUACGACGAGCUGUACGGCUGGACGAUGGAUGCGAUCGUAUCGCAGGUCGGGAGGAAGAACAACUGCACGUUCUGCGGUGUCUUUCGCCGACAGGCUCUCGAUCGCGGCGCGGCGAUGUUGAAUGUGGAUCAUAUCGUUACCGGCCAUAACGCAGAUGAUAUUGCGGAGACUGUGCUUAUGAACAUUAUGCGCGGUGAUAUCGCGAGGCUCGGACGGUGCACUUCGAUUUGCACGCAGGGGGAAGAUACUAUCCGCCGAUCCAAGCCUUUUAAAUACGCAUAUGAAAAGGAAAUCGUGAUGUAUGCAUACUUUAAAAAGCUAGAUUACUUCUCGACAGAGUGUAUCUAUUCGCCGGAUGCAUAUCGUGGGCAUGCACGCGUGUUUCUGAAGGACUUGGAGGCCGCACGGCCGAGUGCUAUCAUCGAUAUCAUUCAUUCGGGAGAGGCUUUUGAAAUAAAGGAGGAGAUCAAGGCUACGCAGAAAUUGCAGCAAACGUGCAAGCGGUGUGGGUACAUGUCGAGCAAUGAAUUGUGUAAAGCUUGUACCCUCCUCGAAGGCCUCGAACGAGGAAUGGCAAAUUCCGGCAUUACAGAUCGAGGGCGCAAGAAGAUGGAAUCGGAAGGGCCUGCCCCAGACAAUUUGCGGACUAUCCCGUUUUUCAAGAUGAACGCGAACGCGAACGCUGGCAAUGCGGAUGCAGCGGCUGUUGAUAUCACCGUUGAAAACGCCUUCGUAGGCUAG